GAUAGUGAAAAAGCCGGUCCAAAAAUAUAAAAAGUUAAUCAGUAACUUGAUGUUCAAAGGUCUUUAUAGUGCAUAGAAGUAAGAACGCAAAGUGUUAACAAAGUUUAACCAAUUCAAAUGUUUUCGAUUCCGAAUUUCGAUGUCACACGUUACUUCACCGCAACUACCACCAUCACCACCACCACCGCGCUGCAUGAGAAUUGGGAAGUUCAAUCGCAAAACUAUCACAAGGAAUGUGCGACAGCCAUCAGAACCAGAAUUCAAAGCUGACCAUGCCAUCAGCGGAAGCGGAUUCAAUUUUCUACCGUCAAUCCUUGUUCAUUUAUUGGAUAGGGCUAACUUUCAUUGGUGUCCAGCAGUUUGACCUCAGUCGUGGUGCAUUCGAAGAUGGCAACAACAAUAAUGUGAAAGUCACCCAGCACGGCCUGGAGCUAACACAAACGAUAAACAUACAGCGACAGGAAUAUUUACAGAAACAAUGUGAGACGUUGGGCUAUAGUACACACAUGUUAGAUGAUCUGACAGAAGAGCAAAUGGAUCACAUGAUUGUGGAUAGGGAACACAAGUUUCUGUAUUGUUAUGUGCCGAAGGUGACGAAGAAGAGAAGGAAGAACUGCAAAUCGUAGAAGUAUUCACUUUGGAUUACCAAAAUCAACUGAAUAUGGGUUGAAGAAUAUGGGUAAUGAAAGAUUUUGUUAAAUGAUGGGCGUUACAACGGUGGAGUUUUCUUAUAUUUUAAAGAUCAUUAAGGAUAACGACGUUUUUAAAAAUAAACUCAGUCCAGCACAACUUCCGGUAGAUAUACAACUGAAAAUUGUGCUUUGCCGUUUAGAAUCAUCAGGCGAAGGGCUUUCCAUUCGCAAAGUAGUGUCUCUCUUUGGUGGAACCGAAAUUUCAUUAGCUGAAGCCCCUGAAAAGGACCAUGUGCUUUUAUUUUAACGCAAACGGCACUAUGCUAUAAGAAUGCAGGAUAUGUGCAGUGUUGCCAGAACUUUUUGGA